AUGGCAAUACAUAUUGUUCGUCUACCUCUCUUUUUAACUCUAUUGAUCAUUUCAUGUGUCAAUGUUCAAUCUUACAAGCCCAAUGUCACAGUUGCCAUUGAUGGCAGUGGCAACUUCAACACCAUUAACGAAGCCAUAUCAAAGAUUCCAAUAGGCCGUAACAGUCCAUAUGUUAUUUUAAUCAAACAAGGGACAUAUAAUGAAGCGGUUUACAUAGCUCAAAACAUGUCUAACUUAGUUUUAAUUGGAGAAGGCAUGGAAAAGACUAUUGUUCAAUUUAACAAAACUGCAAAACAAGGUUAUGGAACUUCAGGAUCAGCUACAGUAGAUAUUAGCGCCAAUGAUGUGUUUGUUAAAGGUAUUAGAUUUGUGAACAAUGCUGGACCUGAUGGUGGCCAAGCUGUGGCUUUGAGAGUAGCCGGUGACCGAAUUGCAAUUUACCAAUGCUCCAUACAAGGAUACCAAGAUACGUUACUGACAGCAUAUGGUAUUCAUUUCUUCCGAGAAUGUGAAGUUUAUGGCACAGUAGAUUUCAUAUUUGGGAAUUCACGAGUUGUCUUACAGAAUUGUGACAUUUACGUGAGGAAGCGUACGGAAGGCACUGUGAAUAUGAUCACAGCUCAAGGUCGAGGACAAGUGGAAGAUACAGGAAUAGUAUUACACAAUUGUUCCAUUAAGGCUGACAAAGAUCUUCAACCUUACCCACAAAUCAAAACAUUUCUAGGCAGGCCGUGGUAUAGUUAUUCACAAACCAUUGUCAUGGAAUGUUUUCUAGACAAAUUGGUUGACCCUGAAGGAUGGCUUCCGAACAAUGACAAGAAAAGCUUAUCCACUUUGCAUCACGUGGAGUAUGCUAAUUGGGGCCCAGGAGCCAAUACAACAGGAAGAGUUAAAUGGCCCGGGUAUCAUAUUGCCAAAAAUUCUGAAGAGAUUAAACAUUUUACUGUUGAAAAUUUUAUUAAUGGUACCCAAUGGCUGCCAAGUGUGGGAGUUCCUUUUGUUGGUGGUUUUAUAAAUUAA